UACGGCCCAAAAAGCGUUGGUGUCCGUCUGAAGAUGCGCUACACUCUGGUAGCAUCAGUACCAUCUCCGCGGUGCUGUUAACCACCAACCCGGGGGGAGAAACAGGACGACGGGCGGUGUCUGAGGCCGUGCCGGCGCCGGUGCACCUGGACGGGACGAUGGGAGACCAGAAGGAGUCCCUGCGUAAGAUCACCCACACUCUGGCCUUGAAGAAUGAGGAGAUUUCAAACUUGGUCUCCACCCUCAAACAGAACCUGGAGAACCUGGAGGCGAACUCAAACCGCGUGCAGGAGGACAUGGAGUCAGAGUUCAACUCCCUCCACGCUGUUCUGGAUGAGAUGAAGGAAAACAUGGUGACUCGCAUCAAGCAGGAGAGAGCCAGCCGCACGUAUGAGCUGCAGAGUCAGCUGAGUGCUUGCUCCAAAGCCCUAGAGAGUUCGGAGGAGCUGCUGGAGCUGGCCAAUCAGACGCUCUGCUCCUCUGGGACGGACGGUUUCACUCAGGCGGCCAAAGACAUUAAGGAUAGUGUGACAAUGGCCCCGGCCUUUCGCCUCUCCCUGAAGGCAAAAGCCAGCGACAACAUGAGUCACCUGAUGGUGGACUUCAGUCAGGAGAGGGAGAUGCUGAAGGUUCUCAAGUUUCUCCCAGUUCCUGCCACUCCAGAGAUCCGGGUGUCAGAGUGUCAGGUGUGCGACAACACAGUAACUGUAGUUUGGACUCUACCGGAGCCCGAUUCCAAGAUAGAUCACUACAUCCUGGAACAUCGGCGCACAAAUCACGAGGGUCCGCCCCGCAUCAGAGAGGAGUACCCCUGGAUGGUGGUGGAGGGGAUCCGAGAGAUGGAGUGCACACUCACAGGUCUGCGCUUCGACACACGCUACAUAACAUUUAGAGUGAGGGCGUGCAACAAGGCCGUGGCUGGAGAGUUUUCUGAGCCCGUCACACUAGAAACACACGCUUUCAACUUUAAGCUGGACUCCAGUUCAUCCCACCAGAACCUGAAAGUGGAAGACCUGAGUGUAGAGUGGGACAGCAGUGGAGGAAAGGUCCAAGACAUCCGCAAAGAGAAGAACCGAACCAAUUCUCCCAUGCACUCCCCGGCCAGGUCAGCCCUGAUGUCUCCAAAGAGAGCUCCAUCAGCUCGGCCCGGCAGAGACAGGUUCACAGCAGAGUCCUACACAGUGCUGGCUGACACGUUCAUUGAUGCUGGCCAGCACUACUGGGAGGUGAAGUUUGAUAAGGAGAGCAAGGCGUUCGCUGUAGGCGUUGCUCUGCGAAGCCUUGGCCGUUUCGACCAGCUGGGGAAGAGCAGCGCUUCCUGGUGCAUCCAUCUGAACAACUGGCUGCAGCAGAGCCUCACAGCCAAGCACAACAACAAGGCCCGAACCCUCGACUGUCCCAUCCCGAGCAGCGUAGGAGUUUACGUCAACUAUGAGGAAGGUGUGCUGUCGUUUUACACCACCAAAUCAAAGCAGCUGAUGCACACGUUCAGGACAAAGUUUCAACAGCCUGUCAUCCCAGCUUUUAUGGUGUGGAACGGAAGUUUCUCAGUGGUGACGGGCCUGCAGGUUCCCAGCGUGGUGCAAAGUGGCCAGAGGAAGAACAGUGGCACCAGCAGUUCCAAUGCCAGCCUCACCUAAUCCACAUGUAUUCAUCUACCCACACAGGUGGACCUCAUCCCCCCACUGUCUCAGUCACCACGAGUCAUAUCCUCCUCACAGACUGUGGUUUAACUUGUCCAAGAGAUGCCUCACUACAGUGCAAUAGUUUGUGUUGCAUGAUGGUAAAUGGUCAUUUAGGGAGCAAGAGACUGGCUGCUGUGAUGUUUGGGACUUUGUGUUGUCUUUAGUUUUUUUUUUUCUUGCUGUAUAUUCAUUCAUCUGUCCGUCUGCUGCUAGUCAUGAUUUAGCGCUGGCCGCUGCUUCCUCACCUUCAGCUAAACUGUUGCUGAUUAGUCCUGCAGCUGUCCGCUCUGUCCCUGUGCCUUCUUCCUCAUGUUCAGAUUGAAUCUGAUCACACAAUUACUGCAACAACCUUAUUCCAGUUUAACCUGUGUACGUUUAAGUUAGUCUCAACUAGUUAAGCCAAAAAAUAUUCCCCGAUAAUGUAACAGACACCUAUUUAACACUUGGCAGAAAUUAAUAGAUAAAAAGAAAUUGUCAUGCAAACUCAGCAUUUGCUGAUUUUUACUUUGCAUCAACCCAGAUUUUUUCAGAGAGUCUUGGAGCUUCGGUAGAUUUUAAUCAAAGCCAGUGUUUUCUGAAUAAGUUCCUGCUUGCUUUAAACUCUUAGUAUUUUUUUUAGUUGAGGGAUCGU